AUGUUAUGGGACAAACGCAAGGGCCAAGCCCAAGGCGGACACACACAUGACACAUCACUCUCCCUGUUCGACCGCAUCAAGCCCUACCUCUACUACCGCACCGCGCGCCACGUCCGCGUCGACAUCUGGCAAGUCGGCCUCACCAACCGGAUUCUGCAGACCGGCAUUAUAGUUGCCUUCAUCGCCACCGUCAUCACCUCAAACUCGUGGGCGGCUAGCGAGCGGCCGCUUGGCGUGGUGAACGCGUGGGAGGAUGGAGGGCGCUACGGCUUCGCGCCGACUCUCAACCGCUCGAGCGAAUACUACUCUUACUGCGCCAGCCCGGAUCACAACUACGUCUACUCGUCCAACUAUGAGUACAUCAUGCCCGAGUGCCGCAAUCUUCAGCCCGAGGAGAUCGUCACGAAAGGUAUUGGCUCGAUAUCCUUCACAACGUCCAUCAUAGAGACGUACGAGUACUCGUGGGAGUGCGGCAACCAGAGUGCGGCGACGCGCGCCAAAGAAGCCAGCUGUGGCGGCGCGGUUGUGGACCGCACGAACGCGGGUCGGCAGUGCAGCUGCGCCACGAGCCAGACGUACUACGUCAAGGGUGUGGAGGAGCUGCAGGUCGCCUUUGAGCACUCGUACUUCACCAGCGGCUCCUCCCGCAUCGACCUGAGCGGCGUGUCCAACCACAAGAGCUGCGCCGACACGCAGGGAGACAAGACCUGCGCCGAGCACCCCCUCUCGACCACGAUCACAUACCCCAACGGCACGGAGCGGACCUUCCAGGCUGCUGGCGAUCGCCUGAUGCGUCUCCGCGACCACUCUGAUUGA